GCUGAAAUGACACCGUGGGAAAGCGCUGCGCUUCAAACACUCGCUUCAGCGGACGCGAACUGUCACGGAGGAACUACCAGGAUGAAGAGGAACCACGAUUUCAGCUCGUCGGACAGCGAACUGGACGAAACCAUCGAGGUGGAGAAGGAGAGCGCCGAUGAAGCUGGGAACCUGAGUUCUCCCCUCGGCUCCAUGUCUCCGUCCACAACCACCCAGGUGCAGGCGAGGAAGAGACGCCGAGGAAUCAUCGAGAAGAGACGUCGAGACAGGAUCAACAACAGCCUGAGUGAGCUCCGCAGGCUGGUGCCCAGCGCCUAUGAGAAGCAGGGAUCAGCCAAGCUGGAGAAGGCAGAGAUCCUGCAGAUGACAGUGGACCACCUGAAGAUGCUUCAUGCUGCUGGAGGCAAAGGCUACUUUGACGCUCACGCUCUGGCCAUGGACUACCGAGGUCUGGGCUUCAGGGAGUGUCUGGCAGAGACGGCCCGCUACUUGAGCAUCAUUGAAGGCUUGGACAACGCCGACCCACUGCGGAUGCGCUUGGUCUCUCACCUCAACAACUACGCCAGCCAGAGAGAGGCCCACUCUGGCCUCAGCCACCUGGCCUGGGGCUCUGCCUUCGGCUCCCCUGCCGCCCACCUGACUCACCCCCUGCUCCUGCAGCAUCAAGCGGCUGCGCCACUGGCGCCUUUACCCCGCAGCGCCACCAGCAGUCCCCACACGCCUCUUUCGUCCACGUCCUCCACUCCGUCGUCCACGUCGGAGCCCCUGGUGGCGGGCAGGCUGAGCGGCGGCAGCCCUCACUCAGAUCGCGCCCCUCCGACAACCGCUCCCCCCAGCACAGUCCUGCACCCGGCGCUGGUCUCCACGACGGCGUCCAAGCUCUCCCCUCCGCUUCUCUCCUCCCUCUCAGCCUUCCCUUUCCCCUUCAGUGCUUUCCCCCUCCUCUCACCCAGCACCGCCAUCAGCUCUCCAGCGCCCCCUUCCAGCGUGGGCAAACCCUACAGACCCUGGGGGAUGGAGAUAGGGGCCUUCUGACUGCAGUGACCGCACACUCGCCUCGCCUGGACUUUACUGAACUUUUUUAACCUUCCUGUGAGAAAGAACUAUUUUUCUAUGUGGCUGGACAGAGGGCGUGUGUGAGCUUUUCAGCCUCUUGCUAACAUGUUUUGUACAGCUGAAUAAAAGCCAGGGGGGAUCCCAACCAUGAAACGGCGCCGAGAUUUAUUAUGUUGAUUGAUCUCUCACUGGCCCGCCCCUUCAUAAGUCUCGCCCGCUUUUUCAUCCUAUCAGGAUCAUGACUUUCCCAGAUGGUCAAGCCGUCGACUCUCAGGCUCUGUAGAAGAAUGUCCCUCCACCGCUGCUUUGUUUUCUGUGGAUACAGUGUUGAAACAAGGAGUUGUUGCAGGCCUCUCCUAACAGCUGUCACAUGUCCAGCAGCGAGACAUACUUUAUUCCUUCAGUGUGAGCACAAAAAUCCUGCUUUUUUUUUUUUUUUUAAAUAAAAAAUACCCCCUUCCCCAUCGUCCCCCCACCUCAAAAAGCAUAGGUCGGAAACUGAAACAGAAAAGAUUCUUAGGCUCAACUGAAAACAUCCAUAUGCGAAGAGAGGAAACAUGUAUAAAAAUGGCACAUUACAAUCAAUACUUUCGCUUCUAUUUACAAAAACCCACUGUCAAAAACGUCUCUGCUUAAAAUGAGGCCAAAAUAUAUUUCUAUUUUUUUGUGAAGUGGUUGGGAGGGGUUGUUUCUCUUCUUCAAUGUUUUAGGUCCGUGACCGGCCUCAAAGUCAUGAGGUAAGAGCUGUGAUCUGUCCUCCGAUGGGAGGCUAGCGAAACCACCACGUCACCUGUUGCAUAAGCCGCCUGCCUUAAUUCUUUUGUGGUGUGAAUGUGUGCUACGGCAGCGUAGCACCAAUAAAUGAGCGACACUACAGCAAGUCUUAAUAAAGAAUCUUUAAAAAAAAAGUCUUCAAUGCAACUCUUCAAUAUGAGCCUUUAGUGUCCCAUAUAGUCUGCGACAGAUCGCCUUAUUUGACCUCAUGAUGCAGCGCCAGCUGGGCCUCCACCUGAACUUGGCCUUGAUCCGUAUGUUAUUCCAGACAAUGUUUCCUCCCCUUCUUCUUCACCUGGGACCCCAACAGCCUUGAAUGUGACUCUAAAUGGCUCUUUGUGCUCUGCCCUCCAAGAACAGCUGGAAUAAUAUUAAGAAAUUGGCCUCCAUCUUGAGCGUGAAUUCAAGUUGCUACCUGUCAGAGCGCGUUCACCUUCCACCAGGAGAGACAGUUGGUUCACCCCGCCGUUGACUGCGCGAGCAGGAAACAUUAACAAGGAGCGGAUAUCCUGAACAAUGGCUGGACUUAUUCACUGUGUGGGAACUGGGGAGGAUGAAAUGGAGAGCAGGAAUGAACAUGAAAAAAAAGA